GACAUCCGCUAAGAGCGCGCGACGGAAGUAACGCAGAGUUUUCUUUCAGCCGGUGUGUGUUUGUGAUUUUAAUAUCAUAAUGUGCUUUAAGGAUUUAUGACUGUGCUGUGUCUCCUCGCAUCUUGGUAUUUUAGUAGCUGAAGGUUUACAUGAUUUCAGUGUUUUCAGAAGCGAGCAGGAUAUAUCGUGUUUUAAUUCCUCAGUCCCAGCAGCUGAACGCACGUCUUAAAGAUGUUGAUCAUGAGCGCUCAGGUGGAUGUGGUCUGCUGUAAAUCAGUAGGAACUGAUCUGUCCAUGCUGGAUAUUGAGGAUUUCAUCACAGAGAUCUGUGAGCUGAAGAAAGAGGUGGCUUCACUGGAGGCCAAGCUGAGAGAAAGAGGAGAGGAUGUGGAGCAGGUUUGGGUGCGUGAGACUGAUGGGACAGAAGCUCAGGAUUCAGUCUGGAGCGUCAGAGAUCAGAGAUCCAGAGACACACAGGACUCAGAGCUCAGCCUCACUUUACUCUGUUAUACUGACGCUCAGGAUCAUGAAUCCACUGAUCAAACCUCUGACUGUAACGCUGGAGAACAGCAGAUGCUGCAGACGCCGCUGAAGAUGUGCUCCGUCAAACUGGUGGACUGCAGGAACCUGAUCGAGAGCAGAGGAGAAGAAACCACCGCAGAGAAACAACAACAACACAUUGAUGAGGAAGAGGAGGAGAAUAAUGGAGAUGAUGAUGAUGAUGAGUUCAUCCCCACAGAUGCCAUUGCUGGUUCAUCUUCUGAUGGAGAUGAAGAAACAGUCUCAACAUCUAAAGAGCAGCUGAAGAGUUUCCCCUGCAUCACCUGUGGAAAAACAUUGAGUUCGAAGGGUAAUUUAGUGAGACACGAGAUAACUCACACAAAACAGAAAGUCUUCAGCUGCAAGAGAUGCAAAAUCAGCUUUCCUACUGCAGAAGAGAAAACUCUUCAUUCAAAAGAGCACAAAGUGCGCAAAGCGAAGAAAGAGUUUCGCUGUGAACAGUGCGGGAAGGAUUUUUUCACCACUGCUCACUACAUGAAAGUUCAUAUGAAGACACACGAGGAAAAGUCUUUCCAGUGCGACGAAUGUGACAAGUGUUUCAACAAAAAAGGAAAUCUGGAUGCUCAUAAGCGAAUCCACACGGGGGAAAGACCAUUCAAGUGUCCUCACUGCGAGAAGAGCUACAACCAAGGAUCUCAUCUGAAGAAACAUGUGCGUAUUCACACCAACGAGAGACCGUACCAGUGUAGUGAAUGUGGGAAAACCUUCAGAGACUCAAGCAGUCUAAACUCACACAAGAGAAUCCACUCUGGUGAGAAACAGUAUCCGUGCAAACACUGUGACAGACGAUUCCGCUUUAUUGGCGUUCUGAAGUGUCAUGAGCGGAUUCACACCGGAGAGAAACCAUUUCUGUGCUCCUACUGCGGGAAGAGCUUUUCCAAUAUGACUCAUUUGAGCGUUCAUCAAAGAAUUCACACGGGAGAGAAACCGUAUCACUGCAACAUUUGUGAGAUGAGAUUCAGGAAGUAUGAUAUUUUACAAAAGCACAAUAGGAUUCAUACCGGAGAAAGACCAUUCAAAUGCUCACAAUGUGACAAAGCGUUUGCUCGAGCAGACGUCCUGAGGGUCCACGAGCGGGUUCAUACAGGAGAGAAACCGUACUCCUGCUCCAUCUGUGGUGAGAGAUUCGCUUAUUUAGGUAGCUUUCAGACCCAUCAGAACAAACACGCUAAAGAACAAACUGCUCCAGAAUCAUCAGAGUGACACCUCUGCCUUGGCCUUAUUUCGGCAGGUGCUUUCAUUGUUCAUGUGUGUGGAAGACCGUUUUGAAAUAGAAGAUAAAAAUCAUGCAUUGGUAAGUCAUGACAUAAAAAGUCAUGAUUAUUAUAAUUUAAAUGCCAACAGUCAUCUAUUACGCAAUUACAAGAUUUUAAAUAUGACAACCAAAAGUUUGACUGAGUACACUGAAUAAAAUAAUAAAUGCA